CAUAACACAUUUUCGGGUAGUUUUGCUGCAUUUGCUAUUGUUAUUGUUAGAUUUAUUUUCUCUUACUCAGUCCUGGUUGGCGAUGAUCCAAACCCCGAAAAAGGUAGUUCAGCAUCGUCGCAUCAUUUGUUGAAUUUGGACAAAGCGCGCGCUCUUAAUAUAUCUAUCGAAUGGUUGCUUUCCAUUAAUCAUUUGAAUGUUAACAAUUCAAGCAUCAAGAAUGGCAUUUGCAAUAUAUCUACGUUAUCAACGUGAUUUUCAACCAGAACAACCACAAAUUUUAGAUAAAAAUAUUAAUGAUCCAAAUGUACGAUUUACGUUUGUUGAUUUUAUACCUGGUGUUAUUAAACGUGCCUGUGCUGUUAUGUCACAAUCACAGGUUGAAUAUCAUUCAUUCAGUACAAUGAUUGAAGUGGCCAAUCAAUGGUUACAAAAUCAUGGCAAUGAAUGGGAAUGUAUAAAUGGUGAAACAAUUAUUAUACCAUUCAAAUAUAAUGAUCAAAGUCAAUGUUAUGAAUUGAAAACAAAUGAUUGUUGUUACUACAUUUAUGGUUCAGAAAAGAAUAAUGUUUUACGGGCAUUCAGACUUUGGAUACGACGACGACGACAACAACAAACCAUUCAACAACAACAACAACAACAACAAAUAGAAUCACAGACUAUAUGCUUCAAGGAUAUAAUACCAAAAAUGAAAAAUGAUAUUACAUGUGAAUUUGAAGAUCUUGAUGAUGUUAUAAAACGUUUUAAUAAGGAUAUUAUCGAUAAUAAUGGUUUUGAUGGCCGUAUUAUAUCAAUUGAAAGUGCAGCAUAUGAUGCAAAUCUUGAAUGGGAAAUCAAUACUGAACAAACAUUAUCAAUGUUAUCGACAAAAAAUAUAUUCAUAUUGAGAAUAUUUUAUGAAUUUAGUAAUGAAAAAAUCAUAACAAAAAUUGGUAUUGAAGAUUUUCAUCCAAUACAAUUGACAAGACCAACAUUUUUUCGUCGUCCCAAAUAUGAAUGUUUUGAUCAGGUUAUUGAACGUGGUUCAUCAUGGUUACGACAAAAUCCACAGAAACAAUUUCUAAAUGCUCAAUCGAUUGAUGUUAAAAUGAAAUCCACCAAUUCAAAAAGUGAUAGCCGAUCAAUGGCAUUCACUGAACAUGGUGCUUAUAUGCGUAUAUUUCGUAUAUGUUUUCUGGAAUUUGAAUCAACACAAUUACCGUUGAUUAAUUUUGGUAGUCGAUUAUUUACACCGACUAGACGAACUGAUACUAUCGCUGAUAUUGUACAACGAUUACAUGAUUGGAUUAAACAUUAUACAGAAAAAUUACGAUUACGGCAAAAAACAAUCGAUAGUGAUACUGAUGAAAUAAUGGCCACGCCAAUAACAAUAAAACCAUUCAAUUCAUCUUCAAACAGCAAUCCAAUUUUAUCUGCUGAAACCGUGGAGAUAUUUAUGAAAGAUUUACCAACAAAUCGUUCAGAUAUUGAACGUGCAGCAAAUGAUGAUACAUUUCUUGUUAAUCGUUUUGGUAAUAAAAAUGCCUAUCUAUUCUUUUCGUUUCGUUUAUUUUAUGAUUCAACAAUAUUAUCAUCUGAUUCGGUUACAAAUAUAACAAAUAUAAGCGAAACAAUGACAGUUAUAAGUUCAGAUUCAUCGUGGACAAUCGAUACAAUUGCCUAUGAUGAUAAUGAUGGAAAAGAUACAGAUCAAAAAUCAUUACUAUCGACAUCGACCGAUACAACGACGACAAUUACGGAUUUUUCCAAAACAAACACUACAAAAUAACUGAAUUUUGAUUUGAAAUUUUAAUUUUGUAUAAAAUAUGUUCUUUUUUCUUUUUGUCAUUGUUUUAUUCUGACCGUUAUUGAAAUUAAAUUUAUUGGGUUUGUGUUGAUAUAAUUUGAGAUUGAAAAAU